UGUUCUUCACGUUGUUUGAUCUGCUUAGACCAGCAGAGUCAGAGAGAUUUGACACUGGUGGCACAAAGCACAGUGAGUUUGCAAAAAUGAGCGACAGACCUCUUAAGAAUGUGAAGAACUGGAUUGCAGCGAAUGAGAAAGCUUUCCUACCACCAGUGUGCAACAAGCUCAUGCACUUUUCCCAGUUGAUCAUCAUGUUUGUCGGAGGUCCCAAUACCAGGAAGGAUUACCAUAUAGAGGAAGGGGAGGAGCUGUUCUACCAAGUGAAGGGGGAUAUGUGUCUGAAGGUGAUCGAAAAUGGAAAACACAAGGAUGUGCACAUCGGGGAGGGACAGAUGUUCCUGCUGCCGGCUCGGAUCCCCCACUCCCCCCAGAGACAGGCCAACACUGUUGGACUGGUGGUGGAGAGGAGACGGCUCCCAACUGAGAUCGACUGCCUGAGGUACUAUGUGGACAAUACCACCAACCCCCUCUAUGAGAAGUGGUUUUACUGUCAGAACCUCGGAACCCAGCUGGUGCCAUUAAUCAAAGAGUUCAUGGCAUCAAAGCAGGCUAAAACAGGAAAGCCUGAUCCAAACGAAGUCUUUGGAGAACCCCCGUUCCAGCUGAACACCAUGAACGUGAUGUCCCCUUUCUCCUUCAAAGACUGGCUGGACCAGCAGAGGCCUUCCAUGGCCGGUGGCAGUCCCAUCGACAUGUUUGGACCUCAGUUUGAGACCGAGGUGAUGGUGUUUGGACCCGGGCUGACGGAGACGGCAGUGCGGCAAAGCGAUGUGUGGAUCUGGCAAAUGGAAGGAUCCUCAAUAGUUACUGUGAAGGAGCGGGUGUUCAGUCUUUUGGCGGGAGACAGUUUACAUGUUCCUGAACAGAGCCAGUACCAGUGGCAGAGAGAGAAGGGGACUGUUGCCCUGUUUGUGGUCCAAAACCCUGAGCGGAAGAGAGCCUGAACAUCACAGAUACAUAGUGUAGAUAUUUAUUAAGUGAAUAAUUCAGGUGGUUCUCAGCUAUGUCUAUGAAAGUGAAUGCGCUGUAAUUCUUAGAUAUGAAAUAAAUUUGUAUGCAAUUCACUUAA